UUGCAAAUGAAGAGUAAAUAAUAUUGGGAAAAGGAAGAAACGGACCCUGCAAGAAUCGCUGGUUAUGUUUUUGCGCUCCCUUUUUCUUUUGCCGUCCACUUUUUAGCUGCAGUGCCGCCAGUAGACAUGUACCGCUUCAUUGCAAGGAAGGCAGUGCAGCAUCCUCGGCGUUUGGUCCAACAAAUGAGCACUGCGGCCCGAGAGAGGAGAGCUCGGCGUAGCGCCUUGCCAGUGUUAGAGUUGCCCCUCCUGGACAUCCACAAGCACGUUUAUGAAGCUAACCUUCGAAACAGCAACGACUGCCGCAGCAAGUACAUGGAGCUGAACGAGAAGGUGACGAAAGGAGGGGGUGACAGUGCCAUUGCGAGACACACUCAGAGGAACGGGAAGUUGUUGGUUAAGGAUCGAUUGCGCCUACUAUUGGACGAUGAGGACUUCCUUGAGCUGUCGCGCUUUGCGGGUCUGGGUCUGCCGUACGGAGAUAUUCCCUCAGCCGGCUGCCUGACGGGUGUUGGAAGGAUCAACGGCCUGUGGUGUGUGUUCAUCGCCAACGACGCCACAGUGAAGGGUGGAACGGCUUAUCCAAUCACAGUCAAGAAGCAACUGCGAGCACAAGAGGUGGCAAUUCAGAAUCGCCUGCCCUGCGUCUACCUGGUUGACUCCGGAGGAGCUUUCCUGCCACUGCAGUCCGAGAUCUUUCCUGAUAAGAACCAGGGAGGGAGGACAUUUUAUAAUGAAGCCAUCAUGUCUGCUAUGAAGAUUCCGCAGGUGUCGGUGGUGUGCGGUUCGUGCACAGCGGGCGGAGCUUACAUCCCCACCAUGGCAGAGGAGGCAGUGAUGGUGCACCGGAUCGGGACCAUGUUCCUGGGAGGACCGCCGCUGGUCAAGGCGGCCACUGGGGAGGAAGUCACGCCCGAGGAGCUCGGGGGAGCCAGGCUUCAUGCUGAGGUGAGUGGCUGCGUGGAUCAUUUUGCCUGGGAAGAGGAGGAGGCCUUGGAGUACACCCGAAACAUCAUAUCCACCCUCAACUUCACGCUGCCUGCGCACGAGAUGGAGGAGGAGGAGGAGAAGACGCGCAAGAGGAAAGAAGACGAGAAGCCACUUUACAGUUCGGAGGAGCUACUUGGCCUUGCCCCCAAAAGUUACAACUACAGUCUGGAUGUUAAAAUGGUUAUAAGUCGACUAACGGACGGCAGCCGCUUCCAGGAGUUCAAGGCUCUCUUCGGAACCACGCUCGUCACCGGCUUUGCAAAGAUUCACGGUCACUUGGUAGGAAUCGUGGCCAACAAUGGAGAGCUGUCAUAUCAGGCGGCCUUGAAAGGCAGCCAUUUUGUUCAACUGUGCGACCAAAGAGACACCCCACUCCUCUUCCUCCAGAACACUGCGCCAUCAGCCGCUCUCACUCUGUCGGUGGCACAGGCACAGAUGAACAGCAACCGACUAAAGGCUCAGGCUUCAAUGAUGGCAGCUGUGGCGUGCGCCUCCGUGCCCAAAAUCACCGUGGUGAUAGGCGGUUCCCACGGUGCCGACAGCUACGCCAUGUGUGGGCGGUCUUUUGACCCAAACUUCCUGUUCCUGUGGCCCAACGCCAGAGUGUCCAUGACGGCCGCAGGUCACGCGGGCCUUCUGCUUCACCCCGACGACGAGCAGCAGCAGGAAGAGCCGGUGGACAGAAACGAGACGGAGCGCAAUCUGAACAGGACAUUGGAGGAGGAGAGCUCGGCUUUUUUCUCCUCUGGACGGCUUUGGGAUGACGGAGUCAUUCUUCCUCAGGACACUCGACGAGUUCUUCGAGACUGUCUGGACAUCAUUAAACAGCAGCAUUAUCAACUGUCAACAGAGAAACCGCAAUCAGCACUUCUGCGGCUUUAGAAACGUCCGCGUCGCACUUGUCAAUGUCGGACAGCCUGCCCAUCAAUCGCCUUUACUAAUAUGUAAAUAAUUUGAAAUUGAGCGACUUAUUUAACGUGAUCCUUUUUUUUGUGAACAAGUGCCUCAACACAGCAUGUGUGACAGCAGAUGAUAUCGUUGGCUGUUUGGGCAGUGGGGAUGAUUGCUGCGACAGCUUUGGUCUGCGCAGAUGCCCAUCGGACAGAAAUUCAACAAAACACAAAAAAUGGACUUCUCCUUUGUGCAAGUCGGAUGUUUCCGGCCUCCAGUGGUGACGUAAAAUAGUCUCUGCAACUUCUCCAGUUGCAGCCGUCCACCCGUGGGAGCCGAAGCCGCGCUUCCUGCGUAGAAGUCAAACCAGUUGAGCACCUGCACCAUGAAUGUGACGCUGUCAUUUUUACAGGUGUCAAAUUUUGGAGUGAGUUUAUAUUGUAAUUAAAAUGCACUGUAACACAUAAA